GUAAAACCAACGCUUCAUCUGCCGUUUCUUGCACUUAGGUAUAGAAGAGGGACGAUACAGAGGAGAGCCUUCUAAGUCAGACCUGAAGAGAGAGAUAAGGGCGAGAGAGAGAGAGAGAGAGAGAGAGAGAGAGGGAAACAGUAGAUUGAGGAAAUGUCUGCAACAGGCGGCGGCGGCGGCGGCGGUCUGGAGGAGGAUAAGAAGCCGGUGGAUCAGUCUGCUCACAUUAACCUAAAAGUCAAGGGCCAGGAUGGCAAUGAGGUGUUCUUUAGGAUUAAGAGAAGCACCCAGUUACGCAAAUUAAUGACUGCAUAUUGUGAUCGUCAAUCAGUUGAUUUCAACUCCAUUGCCUUCCUCUUUGAUGGGCGCAGGCUCCGUGGUGAGCAGACUCCAGAUGAGCUUGAGAUGGAAGACGGAGAUGAAAUUGAUGCAAUGCUCCAUCAGACUGGAGGUUGGUCUGGAUAUUAUUGAAGCGCAACAGCAAUAUGUGGGUUAUACUUAUGGAAAGGCGUACAGCAGAGUUUUCUUAUUUUGCUACAUCUAUGGAUAUAUGUAAAUGAAAUGGAUGUGAUGCAAUUUGCAAGUUUGGAACUCAAUUAUCAAUCAGUUCAUGGAUUUUAAUGCUGGGUUUUGUAUGAUUACAAUAUGGCCCUGAGGCAUUUAAUUUUAAACAUGGAUGUUGUCUUGAUGCA